AUGGCAUUAUAUGGUCGUUUGCUUUAUGCAUGGUUACCAUUGCUGGCAUUCUUGUUACAAGCAUUUCACGGUGGAUUUGCACACAGCUGCUGCAGCGAAAACAAUGGCGGAUGUGAUCAAAACGCUCUUUGUUCAGAUGACCCAAUUACACGUACAAUGACAUGCACCUGUAAACCUGGUUAUACCAACACUGGUACCGCCGUAAACGUUGUCUGCAGAGACAGUUGCACUGUCAAAAAUGGGGCUUGCGAUCCAAACGCCUUUUGCUCACACGAUGACGCGACAUAUGCAGUAAAAUGCACCUGUACAGCUGGUUAUACCAACACUGGCACCGCCAUUAACGUUGUAUGCACAGAUAGCUGCACUGUCGACAAUGGUGCUUGUGAUCGUAACGCCACUUGUCGCCAUGAUCCUAAGACAAAUGGAGUAGCAUGCGCUUGUAAUGCUGGUUUUAGGAACAUUGGUAGUGCCGUUAACGUUGUCUGCAGAGAUACUUGCACGUUGAACAAUGGGGAUUGUGACGUAAACGCCGUUUGCUCGCAUCAUCCUAAGACAUAUGCAAUAAAAUGCACCUGUACAACUGGUUAUACGAACACUGGUAGCUCCGAUAACGUUGUCUGCACAGAUAGCUGCAUUGUGAACAAUGGGGAUUGCGGCGAGAACAUUGCUUGCUCACAUGAUCAUAAGACAUAUGAAGUCAAAUAUACCUGUAAACCUGGUUACACCAACAUUGGUACCACGCUCAAAGUUGUUUGCAAAGAUACAUGCACUGUGAACAAUGGAGGUUGUUGCCCAAACACCACUUGCUACCAUGUUUCAAAGACAAAUGCAGUGCAAUGUCUCUGCAAACCUGGUUAUACAAACAUUGGUAGCGCCCUUAAGGUUGUCUGCAGAGAUAGCUGCAAUUGGAACAAUGGGGGUUGCGACAAAAACGCCGCUUGCUCACAUAAUACCGCGACAUAUAAAGUAAUAUGCCGCUGUAAUACUGGUUAUACUAACACAGGUAGCGCCGUAAAGGUUGCCUGCACAGACAGUUGCACUGUAAACAAUGGAGGUUGUGGUUCAAACGCGGCUUGCUCACAUGAUGCGACAACAUAUGCAGUAAAAUGCACCUGUACAGCUGGUUACACCAACACUGGUAGUGCCGUUAAGGUUGUGUGCAAAGACAGUUGCACUGUCGGUAAUGGAGCUUGUGAACGAAACGCCGCUUGCUCACAUGAUACUAAGACAAAUGCAGUAAAAUGCACUUGUAAAAGUGGGUAUACGAACACUGGUAGCCCCGUUAAGGUUGUCUGCAGAGACAGUUGCACUGUGAAUAAUGGAGGUUGCGAUGCACGCGCCGUUUGCACACAUCGCGCUAAGACAAAUGAAGUAGUAUGCACCUGUGGAAUUGGUUAUAGCAAUACUGGCAGUGCCGCCAGCCCAGUAUGCACAGAUAGUUGCACUGUCAAUAAUGGAGACUGCGAUUAUUAUUACGGCAUUUGCUCACAUCAUGCUACGACAAAUGCAAUACAAUGUAGCUGUAAACCUGGUUAUACGAACACUGGUAGUGCUGUCAAGUCUGUCUGCGCAGAGAGUUGCACUAUUAAGAAUGGAGGUUGCGAUCAAUACGCCACUUGUUCGUAUGAACCUGUGACAUAUGAAGUAAGAUGCACAUGCAAUGCGGGUUAUACCAACACUGGUGGCACAGGAAACGUUGUGUGCACAGAUAGCUGCACUGUGAAUAAUGGAGGUUGCGAUGGAAACGCCGAUUGCUUGCACGAUCCGUGGAAUGCAGUAAUAUGCACGUGUAAAACUGGCUACACCAACACUGAUACAUCCGGUAACGUUGCCUGCACAGAUAGUUGCUCUGUCAACAAUGGGGCUUGUGAUACAAACGCCGCUUGCUCACAUGAUGUUGUGACAAAUGUAGUAGUAUGCAGCUGCAAUGCUGGUUAUACCAACACUGGUAGCACGGCGAACGUUGCCUGCACAGAUAGUUGCACCGUAAACAAUGGAGGUUGCGAUUCAAACGCCGCUUGCUCGCAUGAUGAUAUGACAAAUGCAGUGGUAUGCAGGUGUAAUGCUGGCUACACCAACACUGGUAACGACGUCAACGUUGUCUGCACAGACAGUUGCACUGUGAACGCUGGCGAUUGUGAUCCGAAUUCCACUUGCUCACAUGAUUCUGGAACAAAUGCAGUAAAAUGCACGUGUAAUGUUGGUUACACCAACGCUGGUAGCGACGUUAACGUUUUCUGCAGAGAUACUUGCUUUAUCAACAAUGGAGGUUGUGAUCAAAACGCGCGUUGCUCACAUGAUGGUGCGACAAAUGAAGUAGAAUGCAUCUGUACACCUGGUUAUACCAACACUGGUAGCGCCAGCAACGUUGUCUGCACAGAUAGUUGCACUAUCAAUAAUGGAGCUUGCGGCUCACACGGUGUUUGCUCACAUGAUCCUAGGACUUUUGCAGAAAUAUGCAGGUGUGCAGUUGGUUAUACCAACACUGGUAGCCCUGUCGAGGGAGAGUGCGUAGAUAGCUGCACUGUCAAUAAUGGAGAUUGUGAUCCAAACGCCGCUUGCUCGCAUGAUCCUACAACAAAUGCAGUGGAGUGCGCCUGUGCACCUGGUUAUAGAAGCACUGGGUGGGGUUUGGGCCUUGUAUGCUCGGAGAUACCAUAUCAACCAACAGCAAAUCAAACAAAACAGCCAUGUUUUUAUGGUAAAUGUUCGUGUACUGGUGAUCCUCAUCUGACUCCGUUUGCAUCGUCGUAUGGGGGACCUCAAACUCAAUAUCUUUAUCAAGGACAGGGCUGGAGUUUGCUCAUUGGUAAUAGUUUCGUUUCGAUAUAUAUUUUUGUUACAGCGUGUCCUUAUCUUGUUACUAAUUACGUCUUGAUAUUCCAUGGCGCAUCCCCUUGUAUGAUUAUUGGUAGUAGUGAAAGUCCACCAUUGUGCGAUAGCACUACAUCGGCCACAUCAGCGACGAUAUCAGCUGGUUCAUCGUGGACUCAUUUUCACAAUACACAAUGUAUUAUAGUGCAAGUCGACAAUCAGGGUUAUUAUUACAAUUUAUAUGUCUAUCAAUCAUAUACGUUGAUCAAUUUAUCGGCUGGUCAAUGUCGACAAUCGAGUGGGCUAAUAGAGGGCACGUAUGAGACAUCGAUAAGUGUCAUUCCUGAAGUAUGCAGUAUUUUUAUUGAUGCUGCUCAAAAACGAGCCAUAGGUGCUAUCGAUUCCAAUGCAAUUGCCAUGGCUCAGACAUCGUGCAUCAAUGAUCUGCAAACGUCACUUGACGCAACAGUCGCUAUCGCAGGUAUUACCUUGGUCCUUCAUGAUAGUGCAAAAUCACAGCUUGAUUGUGAUGAUCAACAUGGACUUUUUCGACAAAUUCACGCAUUAGAAAAGGAUGCUAUUUUGAAUGCAACCACAGAAGCGAAUAAAUUGAUUGGCAAUAAGGAAGAACUUUGUAAUGAAAAAAACCAAUGUCUAGGAUCAGUCAAUAAAAUUAACUACUAA